ACAGGCACUCAGAAAUACCACUGUCCAUCUCCAGAGGGCAGAGUAAUCCUCCAGUAUCUCAUCACUAGCUUGCUGGAAGGCAGCAAGGCUAUGUUCCUCGGACCCUGGCCUUUUUCUUACUUUCUGUCCUGGUUUGCCAUUUCCAGCAGACUGUCAGGACAGCAUGGCCUCGCUUCCUCCAAGUUCCUGAGAUGCUUGUGCCUCCUGGCCCUAUUGCCUCUCAUACGGUGGGGGCAAGCACUCCCCUACAAGAUAGGGGUCAUAGGCCCCUGGACAUGUGAUCCGUUCUUCUCCAAGGCCCUGCCUGAGGUUGCUGCUGCUUUAGCAAUUGAACGAAUCAGCCGGGACAUGUCUUUUGACCAGAGUUACUCCUUCUCAUAUGUGAUUCUUAACGAAGACUGCCAGACUUCAAAGGCCCUCGCUAGUUUCAUUUCCCACCAGCAGAUGGCCUCAGGAUUUGUUGGGCCUGCCAACCCUGGCUACUGUGAGGCAGCCUCACUCCUGGGAAACAGCUGGGACAAAGGGAUUUUCUCUUGGGCUUGUGUGAAUCCUGAAUUAGAUAACAAUCACAGCUACCCGACCUUUUCUCGGACACUCCCUUCUCCUAUUCGGGUGCUUGUAACGGUCAUGAAGUAUUUCCAGUGGGCUCAUGCUGGGGUCAUUUCCUCAGAUGAAGACAUUUGGGUGCAUACAGCCAAUCGAGUCUCCAGUGCUCUUCGGAGCCACGGCCUACCAGUAGGGGUCGUCUUGACCUCGGGACAAGACAGCCAAAGCAUUCAGAAAGCUCUCCAGCUGAUUCGCCAGGCAGACAGAAUUCGCAUAAUCAUCAUGUGUAUGCAUUCUGCCUUGAUUGGGGGAGAGACUCAGACGCACUUCUUGGAAUUGGCUCAUGAUAUGAAAAUGACAGAUGGGACUUAUGUCUUUGUGCCCUAUGAUGUACUGCUCUACAGUUUACCUUAUAAGCACAGCCCCUACCAGGUCCUGAGGAACAAUCAAAAGCUCCGGGAAGCCUAUGAUGCUGUGUUGACUAUUACAGUGGAGUCCCAUGAAAAGACCUUCUAUGAAGCCUAUACAGAAGCAGCAGCCAGUGGAGAAAUUCCUCAGAAGCUUGACUCACACCAAGUUUCACCGUUGUUUGGAACCAUCUACAAUUCAAUUUACUUUAUCGCACAAGCCAUGAAUAAUGCCAUGAAAGAAAAUGGACAGGCUGGUGCUGCCAGCCUGGUUCAGCAUUCCAGAAACAUGCAAUUCUAUGGAUUCAACCAGUUGAUAAGGACAGAUUCAAAUGGAAAUGGAAUCUCUGAAUAUGUAAUCCUGGAUACCAACGGGAAAGAAUGGGAACUCCGUGGCACCUACACUGUGGAUAUGGAAACUGAACUGCUAAGGUUCAGAGGGACCCCCAUUCAUUUCCCUGGUGGCAGGCCUACUAGCACAGAUGCAAAAUGCUGGUUUGCAGAAGGGAAGAUCUGCCAAGGAGGUAUUGACCCUGCCUUGGCCAUGAUGGUCUGCUUUGCUUUGCUUAUAGCCUUGGUGUCUAUCAGCGGAUUUGCUUACUUUAUAAGGCGACGUAUAAAUAAAAUCCAGUUGAUUAAAGGACCCAACAGAAUCCUACUGACUUUAGAAGAUGUGACAUUUGUUAAUCCCCACUUUGGAAGUAAGAGAGGAAGCCGUGCCAGUGUAAGCUUCCAGAUCAUCUCAGAAGUUCAAAGUGGGAGGUCCCCAAGGCUGUCCUUUUCUUCAGGUAGUCUAACUCCGGCUACAUAUGAGAACUCCAACAUAGCAAUCUACGAGGGUGACUGGGUAUGGCUGAAAAAGUUCCCUCCUGGAGAUUUUGGGGACAUUAAGUCUAUCAAAUCGAGUGCAAGUGAUGUGUUUGAAAUGAUGAAGGACCUGCGGCAUGAAAAUGUUAACCCUUUAUUGGGCUUCUUUUAUGAUUCGGGGAUGUUUGCCAUCGUGUCAGAAUUUUGUUCUCGAAGGAGCCUAGAAGACAUACUCACAAAUGAUGAUGUGAAACUUGAUUGGAUGUUCAAAUCAUCAUUGCUGCUUGACCUCAUCAAGGGAAUGAAAUACUUACACCACAGAGAAUUUAUUCAUGGGAGGCUAAAGUCUCGGAACUGUGUGGUAGAUGGGCAUUUUGUACUAAAAGUGACAGAUUAUGGUUUUAACGACGUUUUAGAAAUGCUGAGACUCUCUGAAGAGGAACCUUCUGAAGAAGAGCUGCUGUGGACGGCCCCUGAACUGUUAAGAGCCCCUGAGGGCAUCAGGUUAGGUUCAUUUGCAGGAGAUGUCUAUAGCUUUGCCAUCAUCAUGCAAGAAGUGAUGGUCCGGGGUGCUCCUUUCUGCAUGAUGGAUCUGCCUGCCAAAGAAAUCAUAGACAGACUUAAAAUGCCUCCUCCUGUGUAUAGACCAGUGGUUUCUCCUGAGUAUGCCCCUCCAGAGUGUCUCCAGCUGAUGAAGCAGUGCUGGGCUGAGGCUGCAGAACAGCGACCGACUUUUGAUGAAAUAUUUAACCAGUUUAAAACUUUCAACAAAGGGAAAAAGACUAAUAUUAUCGAUUCUAUGCUUCGGAUGUUGGAACAGUAUUCUAGCAACUUAGAAGACUUGAUCCGGGAACGGACUGAAGAACUGGAAAUUGAAAAACAGAAAACGGAAAAGCUUCUAACGCAGAUGCUACCACCAUCAGUUGCUGAGUCCCUCAAAAGGGGCUGUACAGUUGAACCUGAGGGAUUUGACUUGGUCACCUUGUACUUCAGUGACAUUGUGGGCUUCACCACCAUCUCAGCCAUGAGUGAGCCCAUUGAAGUGGUGGACCUUCUGAAUGACCUGUACACACUCUUUGAUGCCAUCAUUGGCAGCCAUGAUGUCUAUAAGGUAGAGACCAUUGGAGAUGCCUACAUGGUGGCCUCAGGCCUCCCAAAGAGGAAUGGCAGUAGGCAUGCAGCUGAGAUUGCAAACAUGUCCCUGGAUAUCCUGAGCUCUGUGGGUACCUUUAAGAUGCGACACAUGCCUGAGGUGCCAGUCCGAAUUCGAAUAGGCCUGCACUCAGGGCCUGUUGUUGCUGGAGUGGUGGGCCUUACCAUGCCCAGAUAUUGCUUGUUUGGGGACACUGUGAACACAGCUUCUCGAAUGGAAUCAACAGGGCUACCAUACCGAAUUCAUGUCAGUCUCAGCACAGUAUCAAUUCUUCGGUCUCUGAGUGAAGGCUAUGAAGUAGAGCUUCGUGGAAGAACAGAGCUCAAGGGCAAAGGCAUAGAGGAGACCUUCUGGCUUGUUGGAAAAAAGGGUUUCACCAAACCUCUUCCUGUACCCCCACCAGUGGGCAAAGAUGGGCAAGUGGGCCAUGGCUUGCAACCAGCAGAGAUUGCAGCAUUCCAAAGGAGAAAAGCAGAAAGGCAGUUGGUGCGAAAGAAGCCAUAAGAUGGAAAGAACUCCAGCAUUUGAAUCUCCUCUUGAGAAAGCAACAUGGAAGCUCAUUACAGACCAAGAUAUUGUUCUGCCCGAGCAAGAAACUAGGAUUGUUCCUACUAGGCUGCCUAAUCUCCAGGGAUAAAUCAAGCCCAAUCCCAGUGUAUGGAGUCUUCUGAGAAGGAACAUUGCCCAUAGGUUUUGUUCAUUACCAAGGUAUUACCAAAACCAAACCAAAGGGAAACGAGAACCCACAAACUAUUGAAAUGCAAACUGAAAUGAAUGUAAACACCCAAAAAGGGUAUACACCCGUCUCCAAGUUUAGUCAUUCCAACGUAGUAGUAUGGUCAACUUGGAUGAAGAAAAGGAGGUUUUUAUUUUCACAAAAGUAGGCACUAAUUUGUUUUCCUUUUAAUUUUAUUUGAAUUUCUAGAAGGUUGUCAGUGGGUAUAACUGAUAACUCAGAUUAGAUCCAGGGAAAAGGACAGCUAACUUCUAGUCUAUGUCUAUAAUGCUAUGAUAUUAGAUGACUAGAGUACAUAGAGAAUGGAAAGAAAGAAAGGAGCCUAGCUGUGUUGUCUGGAUAACUGAAGGCUAAAACGAAAUUUCUCUUCUUACUGCUUAUUGUUUAAAUUCUUUCCAAAAUUGUUAUUGUCUUUUCUCUUAUCUAAGUACAGAGAAUCUAGACGGUAUAAUUGAAUUGUCUUUGCUAGGUGAGAAUCUUCCUGGGCCUCAGGGACAUACACUGAACAUAACAGAAUAAAUGUAAGGGACACUGUCAGGAUAAAAGACAGAAGUCACAGAAGCAAGGGAGCAAUUUCUUCGAAGUCUUAUAUUUCCCCUUUCCUUCUGACUGCUCUGCCUUCAGGCCCUUAUCCAUGUCCCCAAGAGGGAUCCCUUUCAAUAUGUGUUGUGAUUUUACAAUUUUAGUUUUCAAGGUUGUAUUUUCAAGAGGCUAUUGGCAGUGGCUUGCCAUAGUCACAUGGACUAAAGCAGUAAGGCUUAAGACACAGCACAGGCAUGUUCAAAAUGGAUAAGCAAGCUUUUCUUCUCUUUUAUUAUAAAAAUAAUCUCUUUAUUAAAACCUAACCCAAACAUGUAAGCCAGUAAAGAAGUUAAUUCUUUUAGAACAACCCCUUUAAAAGGAAGAAAUGCCUAAGGUAUAAUUUGAUAACUUUGUCACUGUUUAAUUUUUCCAUAACUAACUUAUCCCAAAUCUGAGUUUGGAAUCAAGAGCCAACCCCAGCAGUUCUUUUUCCUCCAGUGCUGAAUCAAAGUGCCCUACAUUGCUAGCUAUCACAGCCUCAGGCGGUUGACUUACUAUGUAGGAGGAUGCAGAUAGACUGAUAUUGACUUUACUUUCUUCUGAUGAGUUUCUUAUUCUUUGUCUGGAUGUUCUAGGGAAGAAGGAGACACAAACAUAUCAUCAUCUCUUUGUAACCAUUAAAAGCUGAGCUUUUAAGACUUUAUUUCUAGAGUAAGAGAUGACCCCAAGCAGUGUUUCUCUUUCAGAAGAGGUAACACAGCUCUUUACUAUGAAAAGGAAUGGAGGACUGGAGGCAAAAGACGGGGGUGUGUGUGGGGGGGACUAGUGCUAAGUAACCCAUAGAGCACUGGGUAUAGCCUUCUAUAGAUCAGGAUCAUCCCAGACAUAUGCCCAUUCUGGGCUUCCCCAUGUGUAGGCCUUCAAAAAUAAUUAUAGUCUAACCCAGUAUUACUCAACCCGUGGAUCACAAACUCUUUGACAAGUCCAAUGAACCUUUCACAGGGGUUGCCUAAGAUGAUUGGAAAACAGAUAUUUACAUUAUGGCUGAUAACACUAGCAACAUUACAUUUAUGAAGUAGCAAGAAAACUAAUUUAAUGGCUAGAGUCACCACAACAUGAGGAACUGUAUUAAAGGGUUAUAGUAUUAAGAAGGUUGACCUCCACUGGUUUGGCCAAAAUAUUUCAUUGGAAAACAAGACCUAAUGAGACUGCUCCUUUGCUGUCUGCUUGGCCCUGCCCCCUACUUCUUUUCUUUCUCUUUAGCUGUUCAGUAUGUCAACCAAAUUUACUUUUCUAGCCUGUUUUCUUUCUCAUCACAUCUUACUUUCCUUGAUGUAAUCAAAAGGGAGUUCCUAGGUAAAGCUGUUCCACUCAUCUUGGUUUCUUUUGUAUUGAUGCCUUCACCAUUAACCGAAACUAAGCUUUCUUCUAUUUGCCUUGGUAUUUAUUUAUACAAGAAGAAACACAUUCCCAUUCCCAUUUGAUUGACUUAGUGAGGUAUAUAGUCUGAUUCCUAUAUUCAAUUGAUUAUCACACUGUUGCUUGAUGGCACAGUGGGUGGAACUGGUAGGGACGUAAAUGAUUUUUUUUUCAAAGCAUUUUUUUGGCUUGUUUGUUUUGUUUUGUGAUGGUGGUGGGUUUUUUUCCUUUUAGAUUUUUCUUUUUAUUUAUUUUUCUCUCACAUAUUAUACCCUGACUGCAGUUUCCCCUCCUUUCUCUCCAUCCAGUCUCUCCCUCCCCAACCUCCUCUUUUCCCUGGGUCUAUCAUUCCAACUUUGUCUCCUCUCAGAAAAGUACAAUUCUUCCAGGGCCAUCAACCAAGUGCAAAAUAACAAACUAUAAUGAAACCAGGCCCAUAUUCUCACAUCAAAGCUGGAUGAGCCAAUCCAGUAGCAGAAGGGUCCCAAAGGCAAGCAAAAGAAUCAGAGACAACCCCCAACCCCACUAUUAGGAAUUGUACAAAAGACUGAGCUACACGACCAUAACAUAUAUGCAGAGGCCUUGGUCAGACCCAUACAAGCUCCCUGAUCUCUGUGAGCCCACUUGAGUCCCAGUCAGUUACACUGUUUUUAAGUGGCUUAUAUUUCCUGUAUGAGACAAAAUAUUCAGAAAACUAAUGAUUUUCCAGUAGAGAUUUGGGUUAGUUUUAUUCUAAUCAUUUUAUCCUCUUAUUUUCUGUUGAUUUGUCUCUUUUGAUAACGGAUUACUGCAAAAAGAAAGCAAAAUGUUAAUGAAGAACAAGUUAACUUUGAUUUGAAGUUUUACUGUACAUUGUAAACAUGUCUUACUACAAUGAUCAUCCAUUGGGGAUUAUAUAGAUUUGUUUUUCUUUUGUUCCUUUAUAGAUCACAAUAACAGCAUAUGUUUCUUGUAUAAAAUGAAGAAAACAUAGAAAGCCACAAGUGAAGUUAGAAUUGUUCAAAAUCACAUUUAUUUUGUGAUUCCUAUUUGGGAUGGCAUAAUAGAUUAUGACAUAAUAGAUUAUGACAUGUUACUAUAUCAGCUGAUUCUUAGUUUUAUUCUAAUAAUUUUAUCUUCUAAGCUGUUUUGCUUUUAUUUUCUUGUCAACAGUGUUUCUAAUAUUUUGAUGCUACAAGUUGAUUCUUGUAUAUUUUCGGCAGAUUUCAGUGAUCCAUUUGUUCUUUAUCUCACUUGGCAUAGCAGAGUAGGAGAUAACUGAUGACUACCUCUUCAAAGCUCUAUAACUUGACUACAUGAAGUUACUCCAUCAAAAUGUAUUAGUCUAAGGACUCCCAUGACUGCCUUGUCUUACACUUACUAUUAUUAUACAAAUAACUUGAUUAGUGUGAAUCUUGUCUCAUCAUAUCAAUCGGAUUGUCCUCAAUCCAAAUGAAAUCAGCUGGCAAGGAGUAUGAAGUGGCAAAGAGCCAAGCAGCAAUCCAGGAUGCUCACAUCUAUGUGAUAACCAGGCAAUAGAAUAUAACUUAAACCCUCAGUUGAAUCAAGUCAGUAUUAAUUAGCUGAAAGAGCACAAUGUUUCAACCAUUUAUGUUAACUUCUUUAGGCAACCCUGGGUGGUCUAAUUAAGAAUAUUUACCACCUGGUUGAUUGUUAGAUUAUUAAAUAAUGGAUUCUGGCAUGGAUGUAGCUUAGUUGGUAGAGUGCUCACCUAGCAUGCACAUAGCCCUAGCGAGGUCCAACCUCCUGUACUCCAGUCAGGUACAUGACUAUAAUCCUAGCCCUAAGAAGAUGGAGGUAAGAAUCAGAAGCUCAAGGUCACCAUCAUCUACUUAGUUAGAGACCAGCUUGUGUGAUACAUGAAGGUUUAUUUAAAAAAUAGAAAUGAAGUAAUAGAGUCUGCACAAUAAAAUUCCUUGUCUUUCUGUCUUAUGUUUUCUUGCCAGGUCAAGAUAGUUUAUAGAUAUAGCACAGGCAUAGAUAUAAACUACCUUUUAUAAAACAUUUAUGUCAGUUAAUUAUACUUUGUUUGGUUUUCUCCUGGAAUGGUUUGUAGACACCCUGACAUCUUCCUUAUUUUUCAGUUUGAAUUUGCUAUAACCUAACCAAUAAUGAAUUGCAUUCAAAAGAAAACCUAGAGCGGAAGUAAUCACUAAUCUGUAUACUCACUUUGGCUUCCUAUAAAUUAGACUGGCUAGAAAUGUCCCUAAGUGUUUUCAAAAGUGAUUAAUCCUAAUUAAAUUGUAUAUAUGAUCAGACUUGGUAGAGCCUUUGGAGGUGUCAAGUCCAUCAUACUACAGAGGUAAUGAAUGGAGUUCAGGAAGAAGAAGCCAUCUCCC